AUGAGAGAUCGCCUUCAAGAGUUUAAACUGAGAGCUAAGGAACUGCAGCUCGUUGGAGAAGAUAGCUGUGCAACUGUACAGGAAGAAGAGCAAGAAGAGCUUGAACAGCAGGCUAUCAUUUAUGAAAAAGAACCCGUAACUGAGAGGCACUUGCAUGAAAUCCAAAAGCUUCAGAAUGAAAUUAAUGAUUUGGUGGAAGAGGUUCGUAAGUUCAGUCAACAACAAAAAACCCUAGUAUCUUCAAUGAGAAGGUUCAGUGUCCUUAAAAAGGAAUCUAACAUAGCAAGAGAAGUUAAAAUUCAAGCAGAGCACAUUAGCAAAUGUUUGGAUGAACUAUCAAAAACAGUGAAAAAAGCUGAAAAUGAACAUGGGUCAUCAUCUGCCAUAGUAAGAAUUCUGUCUUCCCACCAUGCUUUCCUAUUCCAGCGUUACCAAAAUGCUAUGCUCUCAUACAAUGAUGCUAUAACUGCUAAGCAAGAAAAAUGCAGACUAUUUAUUGUUCGCCAGCUGGAAGUUGCUGGUAAAGAGGUAUCUGAUGAAGAAGUCAAUAAUAUGCUCCAACAAGGAAAAUGGGAGAUUUUCAAUGAAAAUCUGCUCACUGAAGUCAAAAUAACCAAAGCACAGCUUUCAGAGAUUGAACAGAGACACAGAGAACUAGUCAAUCUGGAAAACCAGAUCAAAGACUUGAAGGAACUUUUUAUACAGAUAUCAAUUCUGGUGGAGGAGCAAGGGGAGAUGAUCAACAACAUUGAAAUGACUAUGAACAAUACUCAAGAAUACGUUCAAAUAUCAGGGGAAAAAUUUGGGCUUGCAGUCAAGUAUCGAAAGAGGAAUCCUUGUAAAGCAGUAUGUUGCUGGUGCUGCCCAUGCUGCAGAUGA